CUCCCUCUUGCUCCCUCCAACGAGGCCGAAUGUGCGCCCGCUCCGCUUCUAAAUGCGAAAAGUGGUCGGAAAGUGCGAACAGACCUAAUACGCGUCAAAUACCGACAAUUCACCAAUGAUCGUCGUAUUUUGACAAAGACCGUCGCAUGGACGCCGAUAAAUCGGCAAAUUUGCCUCGCGAGAUCUCCCUCGAUCGUCUCUCAGCGCGUCGUACACUCCGACUUUUUCGUGUCGGGAUUUCACAGUUUGCAGGCGCGGCGGUCCAAAUUAUAGCAUGACGUGUCUUGUCAGCGUGUAUCGGACGCAUGCGCAAUGCCGCCUUACGUGGCAUCGGCAGCAGUCACGGUUUCAUCGACAUGCAGCAUCUUCAGGAAAUAGGCACACAGCAGUAUGCUGCGCCUGUGCCGCCAAUGAACAGCCAGCAGAACUUCUCGAGACCGCCAAUUGUGGGACAACAAAAUCUGGCAGGCUCACAAAUGCAUUCUCAUUUAUUGCCUACGCAAGCCAUGGCUCAUUCCCAAAUAACAAGUCCUCCAGUGGCACCUGGUUCCCAUAUGUCCCCGCGUUUACCGGUAGGUCCUCCGCCACACGGACAGCCUCCCGUAGGUUAUCAUACUCAAGUGACCAGUUCUUCGAAUACCAUCCUACCACCGUCUGGAGCAGGACCGUACAAUUCUGCACCGCCAUUGCCAGCACAGACUGUCCCAAGUCCAACAGGUCCGGGCUACUCGCAGUAUGAUCCGAGACAAUUCGCUCCACCGCUCUCCACCGCUGGUGGACAACAACCUAUCACGACUCCUCCAGGGCUUGGCUUUCCUCAGGCCCGACCAACGCAAUAUGUGCAGAAUGCACCUCCGAUGCCAGGUCAGGCCAUGACGAAUUCCGGUCCUGGAGGACCGGGAAUGGCGCAGCCUGGACAGAGGCAAUACAGUUCCGCACCUCCACUGCCGGGGCAAGCUUUAUCCAGUCCUUUAGGGAUGAAUCGCAUGUCACCCGGAAACACACCGGACUAUCAACAACAACCCGGGUACCAACAGCCAGGGUAUCAUAAUCAAAUGGAUAUGUAUAAUAGUCAAAGAAGCCCAUAUCAAAGCAACGUUACCAAUACCGCGGGAUAUCAACCAGGACUUCCACCGCAGCAAGCUAGACGACUUGAUCCGGAACAAAUGCCGAGUCCGAUUCAAGUGAUACAAGAUGAUCAGCGCGCGCGAGGCGGGGUGUUUAUAACGAAUCAGAGAGGUCUGGUGCCUCCUUUAGUGACGACGGAUUUUAUAACUCAGGAUCAAGGAAAUGCAUCCCCUAGAUAUGUCAGGUCCACCAUGUAUACUGUUCCUACUACCGCAGAUAUUGUAAAACAGACCAAUGUUCCCUUCGGGCUUGUGAUAAGUCCGAUGGCUCGCAUCGUAGAAGGGGAGUGUGAACCGCCGAUCGUAGACAUGGGUGAAAUUGGGCCGGUGCGUUGUGUGCGUUGCAAAGCGUACAUGUGCCCGUUCAUGCAAUUUAUCGACGCUGGCCGAAGAUUUCAGUGCAUAUUCUGUAAAGCGACAACGGAAGUUCCCGGUGACUAUUUUCAACAUCUGGACCACACGGGUCAACGUUUGGAUCGUUAUGAGAGACCAGAGUUAAUGCUGGGCACAUUCGAAUACAUAGCCACGAAGGAUUAUUGCAGGGACAACGUAUUUCCGAAAUCACCAGCCAUUGUGUUCUUAAUCGAGGUGUCGUAUAAUACAGUGAAAUCUGGAUUAGUCAACUUGCUGUGUACAAAAAUGAAGUCUAUAAUAAAGAAUCUACCCAUUGACGCUGGACAAACCAAGAGUAACAUGAAAGUUGGCUUUAUAACGUACAACAAUACCGUGCAUUUCUACAAUAUCAAUCCUCGUCUUGCUCAACCGCAAAUGAUGGUCGUCGGAGAUAUUCAGGAUGUAUUCAUGCCGCUUCGGGAUGGAUUUCUAUGCGACGUCGAGGAGAGCGAAGCAGUUAUUGACAGUCUUAUGACACAGAUCCCGGAAAUGUUCGCGGACACUCGAGAAACGGAAACGAUUCUUGCUCCCGUCAUACAAGCUGGAUUGGAAGCAUUGAAGGUAUCCGAAUGUGCUGGCAAAUUAUUAGUAUUUCACUCGUCCCUACCGAUCGCCGAGGCACCCGGGAAGUUGAAGAACCGCGAUGAUCGUAAAUUCCUCGGGACUGAUAAGGAAAAGACCGUGUUAGUGCCGCAAAACAACAUUUAUAAUAAUCUAGGCCAGGAGUGCGUGGGCGGUGGAUGCAGCGUGGAUCUGUUUAUCUUUAACAACUCGUACGUAGAUUUAGCGACGAUCGGACAAAUUUCUCGUCUCACCGGCGGGGAGAUUUACAAGUACACUUACUUCCAGGCGGAUAUCGAUGGCGAAAGAUUGGUGUCCGAUGUUGUCAAUAAUAUUAGCAGACCGAUCGCCUUCGACGCUGUCAUGCGAGUGCGUACGUCCACGGGCGUUAGAGCGACCGAUUUCCACGGGCACUACUUCAUGUCCAAUACCACCGACAUGGAAUUGGCCAGUAUAGAUUGCGAUAAGGCAAUCGGGAUUGAGGUUAAACACGACGACAAGCUGGCGGAAGAUGAAGGCGUCUACGUCCAAGUGGCUCUACUGUACACCUCCUGCAGCGGCGUGAGAAGACUGCGAAUCAUAAACCUGAGCCUGAAGACCUCGUCGCAGAUGGUCGAGCUGUAUCGCGCGUGCGACCUGGAUGCCAUCAUAAAUUACUUUUCCAAGCAAAGUGUCUUCAAAUUACUGGAGUCCACCCCGAAGACGGUGAAGGACAACUUGAUCGCGAGGUGCGCGAACAUACUGGCCGCAUAUCGAAAGCACUGUGCAUCACCGUCCAGCGCUGGGCAACUGAUAUUGCCGGAAUGUAUGAAAUUACUUCCACUCUACAUCAACUGCGUAUUGAAAAGUGAUGCGAUGUCCGGAGGUGCUGAUAUGACCAUCGACGACAGAUCUUUCGUUAUGCAGGCGGUUGCGACGAUGCCUAUCGCUACGUCCGUUGUGUACACUUAUCCCAGAUUGCUUCCUCUGCACGACGUUGAUCCCCAGGACACGGAUUUACCUCCGAUGCUGCGCUGUUCCAUUGACAAAUUCACAGACGAUGGCGCUUAUCUCCUCGAGAAUAGCAUCCACAUGUUCCUCUGGCUGGGAAUGGCUCUUUCUUCUCAAUGGGUACAGGGCGUCUUCGGGGUACCUUCAGUGGUCCAGGUCGAUACCGAUCGUACUGUACUGCCAAUCUUAGAUACUCCCUUGAACAACAGGAUCACGGAUAUUAUAAAUCGUGUGCGCGCUGAAAGGCAUCGUUACAUGAGAUUAACGAUAGUCAGGCAGCGUGAGAAACUGGAGAUGGUGCUGCGCCACUUUUUGGUCGAGGACAGAGGAAACGAUGGAAGUCCCAGCUACGUUGAUUUCCUAUGCCACAUGCACAAAGAGAUAAGAACACUUCUUAGUCAAUAACUUCUCUUUUUUUUUUUUAAAGUGAUCAGCUUACCUUACCGUAAUUCGAAUUCCUGAUCUUUUGCAUCGGUGAUUUGUUAUCGCGUUUCCUCGACGGAGCUCGAUCGAGAGACUUUGUAAUUCAAUCAUUGAACGUACAUCCGCAUUGAAAAAAAAAAAACGAAGACGUGAAAAAGGUAUGAAACAUGAUCUACACGCAGGGUAGGCUUAGAAGAGGCAGGAUCGAGAGUAUCUCUCGUCGAACGUAGAAUCGUUCGCUUCUUCUUCCCCUUCUUCGUGAGGAGUCGAGCGGAAAUUGAGUAACCAUGCCUUGCAAGGAGGAUGCUAUUUCAGUGAACUAGGACCACGAGGGUCAACGUUUGUUUGCGUAUUCGUGCCUUUGUGUAUCUAGAUGUAGUCGUCUGAGAACAUGUUCUCGUGGCGGCGGCAUUUUACCUCACCUUCUGGAACUGCUGCUUUAAUCCAACGGCACGGUGAUUGAAUUCUCACUUGAAUCUCACCAUCGGGGAGAAGUCAGUCGGCGAAACUGCGCUCCGAAUAUAUACGUAGCCUGAGUUCGUCUCGCAACUCGAGCGUGCGUGUUAUCCGCCUCGACUCUUUUAAGCCUACUCUCUGUCACGGACAUCUAUAUACGGACUGGCAGGCUGGAUUUGAAAGAACAUGACGAAUCAUUCCGACCGAUAUUCAAGUACAGAUACGUAUGAAAGUUAGACACGCUUGCAUCGUUCAGUCGUAUAGUAAACGUAUGAAUAACUAUGUGGAUAACGUGAAAUUGUAUUAUCGUUAUACUUUAUUACUUAAGUAGAUCAUUAAUGUUAUUACUCUCCCCAUACUAAGUUAAUGAUAAUAAAGAGUAUAGUAAAUCAA